CAUUGCGUUGAUGAAAAUGGGAGUACGAAUAUGGUUUUGUAUGUUUUUAUUAGCUCAUUGCGUACCAAUGACAUCAUGUACAUCUUUCACAGGAACAAUUUUGUAUUCAACCAACACUGCAAUUAUGGAGUUUGAUAUUGAUACACACAAUGUAAAUGUACUUGUGGAGCAGAGCGAUACUGUGUUCGCCAUGGACUAUGAUUACAAAAACAGAUUCAUAUAUUUUCCGAGAUACAAUACUCAUGACAUCGUUCGAUUUGCAUAUCCGUCAAAGAAUAGAACAUUACAAAGAGUUAUCGAGUCAUUACCAUAUCCAUCAGGAAUAGCAGUUGAUUCAACUAAUGAUCAUAUCUACUGGGUUGCUGAAUAUGCACAGAGCCUCUUAAGAUGCAAUAUGGAUGGAAGCAAUGUGAUUGUGUUAUCAUCUCUAAGUUAUCCUUUUGUGAUACGACUAGAUCUUACAAACAGAUGGAUGUAUAUAGUUGAGAGAGAUGUAGGAAUAUUGAAGUCUAGAUUUGAUUUAACUGAAAAAGAGACGAUUGUUAACUUUGUAUCAUCAACUGUGUAUUGCAUGGACAUAGACACUGCCGAACAAAGACUGUAUUGGAUUAGACAUGACAAUGGUGACAUGAAAUCAGCUACAUUUAAUGGAUCUGAUGUAAAAACAAUUCUUUCGACAAAUUCUGCUAACAACACAUAUGCUAUUGGUGUCCUUGGAAGCAAUGUUUUUUAUGCUGAUAAUAAACAAUUAUUAAUUGUGGCUUAAACACCAGGAUCCACGCCGACUGUUCUGUAUAACGAUACAAGUAGGAUUGACAGUAUAUAUGUGUUUAAACAGUCAGGUAUGUAAAAAAAUAUUUCUAAAAAAAUGUUUUACAAAAAGCUAUUUCAUGAAGAGACGUAUUUUAUUAUAUAAUAUUUAUAAAAUAGUAUUAAUUAUGAUACAACUAUAUCAAUAAUUGCAUACAUUUGUCAUAAUUUUACACUUUCCUAGUCUUUUAAAUCCGAAUAUAUGCAAUGUAGGUGGGUGUAUAAUGGAAGAGAUCGACGUGAUAUCUUUUACAUCUACAUUAUUUGAUCUACACAAUUCAUAAUUUACAAUUUCCGAAUAAUAAUUGUUAAGUGUCAUUACUUGAAAGUAAGAAUGCAUGUAAAUAUGCUUAUAAAGUUAGUCAGUACUUUCAAGAGAAUCAUCUGGUGACUAACAAUUGUUACCAAAUAGAUACAGGCAGUUAAACAUCAAUAAAAAAAAUAGUGUUUACAUGAUUAAUGUUAUUGUUAUACAUAACGUCUUUUGUGCUUUACCUACAUGUAAUUUAGAUUAUUUUUUUUAUCGAUGCACAUGCUUUUUUAUAUUCUCAGUAUUUAUUUUUUAAAUAUAUAUAAACACAAAAACAUUAUUUAGAUAAUGUAUUUAAUUUCAAUAAACAUGUGUAGUAAUGUAAGAAUGCUUUUUGUGGUUUAAAAAAUGUUUUGAUUAUAUGCAAUAAAGGUAACAGAAACAAACUCAUCAUCAUAUUUUACAAGGAAAAUCAUGUUACAAAGGAAUUCGUUUCGACUCAGUUGUGAAGGGCCAUAACUAAAACACUGGUACUAUACAAUUGAACUUAACCAUACAGUCAUUUUAAAACAUUACGUAUUACUAAAAAGAUCAUACUUUAAAACUUAUUAUUUAUGUUUUUUACAUGUGAUUAUAUCUGUUAAUUUGAUUUGCUAAUUGCUUCCUAAUUUUUCAUAUGUUUAGCUUUUUAUUGAGUAUAUAUAUGUCUUGUUGUGUAUACUAACCAAAUGCACAUGUGUAGUUUCACCCUUACGUAGCGUCUAUGCAUUCCAUGCCCAUUGCUUAUUCAAUGAUAUAAUUUUAUAAGUUACAAUACAACCUUUAUUUUAUAUGUUUGUAUUGUCUUCACUGAUGAAAUGUAUUCAUAUUGAUAUUUUUUUUUUUUAAUAAAAUACUCAGUUAUUUCUUCAAUCUCUUUCACUUAUUAACUUUAUUUUUCAAAAUUCGUUGACUAACUUCAUUUAUCUGUCGUUGUGUGCGUUACAAAUUUAAAUAAUAAUAAUUUUACUUGGCAAGUAACCUUUUCUACGACUGAAAUUGCUAAUAAUGAAAUUAACAGACACAAUCAAGAGGCACUAAAUUAUACCCAAAAUUUUAAUAUGGUAUCAGUCUUACAAAUAUAUUACUGUGUCCUCUAUGUAUUUAAAUUCAUGUAUGUUAUUUUAUAUUUAACCGAGAGAACUCGUUAAUAUUGUUUAAAUGAAUAGUAUUGUAAUGAAUAUGUUCAGAACAUCAAUAUAAUUCACAAAAUAUCAGUGUUCGAAAUUUUUUAUUUAGUUUUAUUUACUUUCCGGAAUUAGAUUUUUUUUUAUAAUCCGUGAAAAACACAAAGAAAUGAAAAAACACAUCUAGAAGUACAUCAAUACUUUAAUUAUUCAUUUUUUCAAUUUAAUACAUCUCAACUGAGUUUGAUGCAUCACAGCCAGUACCUGAUUGAUGUGAAGGUUGAAUGUAAAGAUCAUAUAUUAAGCAACAUAACAUGGAAGGAAACUCAACACAGUCAAUCCAAUGUUGUACCUAUACUAUUGAUUCGACCAUAUGCAGCCAGAUGCGGAAUCUUAUAACGAGAACUAUAUGUUGAAGGAUUUA